CCCAACUUGACAAGCGAGGGCGCUAUUUACAGUGAAAAUGGCAGCUGCCGUGAGUGCGAAGAAGACAGUGGACGCAGAAGGACACGCCCGAGAGGCUGAAAAAUGCCUGAAAACCUCAUGGACGAAGUGGAAACCAGACUUUGAUGGAGCUGCCCAUGCAUAUGAGAAAGCAGGUCUGUGCUACCGUCAUGCCAAGUCACUGGAGAAAUCCAAGGCCAUGUACAUGAAGGCCGCUGAGUGUCACACUCAGUGCAAAGCGCUGUUCCACGCAGCGAAAGCUUACGAGCAAGCGGCUCUCCUACUGAAGGAUAUGAAGGAGUAUGAUGAAGCCGUCCAUCUGAUCACUCGGGCGGCAAGCAUGUUCAGAGAGCACGGAACGGGCGACACAGCUGCCAUCUCACUAGAAAAAGCAGCCAAAAUGAUGGAGACAAUAAAUGCAAAAUCAGCUGUGGAUCUGUACCUGUCGGCCGCAGAGAUUGCUGAGAAUGAAGACCGAAUACGGCAGUCGGUGGAUUCGGUCAGCAAAGCGGCAAGACUCUCGGUCAGGACCCGAGACUUUGACAAGGCCCUGCAGCUGCUGGAGAAAGCAAGGAAUAUGUACGACGUCGUGGAGAAUCUCGGAUACGUGUACAAGAUGGUGGUCGUUACUGUGCUGGUUCAUCUGCAUCGGGGGGACUUUGUGGCCGCCAGCAAGGUUUGCAACGCAGCUAUGAGGUACGACGGUUACGCCAUGGACGAGUCAUCGUCCCUCCUUGAGCAACUCUUAGAAGCCUACGACCAGCAGGACCAGGAGAGCGCCAGCAAGAUUCUCUUUUUACCCUAUUUUACGUACCUGGACAAUGACUACGUUAAGCUGGCCAGGACGUUGAGGGUACCAGGGGGUGAGGUCGGCGGUGGUGGUGGGAGGCAAGAGCUGACCACAGAAGGAGCAACGGCCAUGGGAGGUCAGGACGAGGCAGUGGAAGACGAUGAAGAGGAUGAGUAUGCAGGGGGAUUGUGCUGAGAUGCAGCCCGAUUGUCAUUGCACUUGAGUACAUCUCAUACUCAUUUGAGUUUGUGUACUGGUUUUGAGUAUGUGUACUCACUCUGAGUAGGAUUAAAUUCGAGUUGAAUUAAAUUCACAUUGGAUUAAAUGCAAGUGCAUUGAGAUCAGUAUGAGUGACAGUACUCACUACUCAGUCUUCAAAAUGAAUUGUGCAGCUUUGGCCAUUGGGGUGAGUUUACUGCUUCACUGCUGCCGUAGGCAGUGACAAAAUUGUUUGAUUCUGAAGUGGCCUUAGAGAGUGGCCAUUGCUGUCAGAUUGGCUGAAGACAAGAAGUUGAUUGAGGGUGGUGUUUAGCUGACACCAGACCGAUUGUAUUCCACUGAAUGCCAUAGUGUAGAGACGGGAUAAACCAUGACUGGUUUGUUAGAUUUCAUGCUAGUUUACUCAAAUAUGUUAUACAUUGUAUUAUUAAGAGGUAUACAUGUACAUGUGUAUCUGUUAUGCCUGUGCUGUAGUUAAUGUCUGUGGAGAAUACUGUAUACAUGCUUAUUGACAGAAAGUAACAAGUUGUUUGUGUCCCUAAGCAAGACAGUUUAACCAAAUGCAGAACAGGUUUCACCCGAGGCAAGCGACCACAAUUCACCUGGCCCCUUGAAAUGGUAAAAGCAUUGUCCAAGAUUUUGUCCAGAAAAAACUGUCCAAGGCCAAUUUCACGAUAUGAUGCAGAUGGCAUUGUAUGUCGGCCAUUUUGUGGAGCCUAACCGGCAUGCAUUGGUAAGUUCCAGGGGUUUGCCUACAGUGGUUUACCUAGGCAGUUGGGCAGCUGAUGUUGGGACCAGCCUGACAAAGCUUACCCAUAUUGUGUGUGACCAAUGUUAUUACAAAUAACCACUCUUUCAAGUCAUGCAUAGUUCUGUUGGCAACACCAUUCCGAAUUCGUCAAGAUUCAGCAACCAUGCCUGCCGUCGAGUCACUGGAGUCCUGGCCAAACCCUGUUUGAGCAACUGGAUUACUUGUGCUGAUGGCUCAUACCCCAGAAGUGCCCCCAACUCUUUGCCAUUUGACUCCUCCGCCUCCCCAACUCUCCAAAUUGUCUUGUGAUUUUGACCCCUUUUUAUUUCACUGUAUAUAUUUCUGCUUUCCGAGAGCAUACCCUAUAUGUUCCUUCCUGUACGUAGCUGGACUCUUGUGAAAUGGUAUCACGGUCAUUGAUACUUUUAUUGCUAAUGGAUAAAGUGAGAAAAAUGCAGAGUUUCAUUCUGAUGGCUUUUGUGACUAGAAACGUUGUCUAUGUAUAAUGUGAGACAUCAUUUUCACAAUAUGCGUUUAUUUCCUCUUUACAUUAGUUAUGUCAACAAAAGUGACAUGUAAUCUCACUUUACAGUGCAAUAUCUGAUUCUAGACUUUCUCCAAGGUUUUUAGUGUCUGUAAACGCUGGUGAUUUUGUAACCUGAAAAUAUCAAAACUGAUUCUGUGUUUUUGUGUUUCAUUAUUAUUCACCAAGCAUGUGAGAAAUGGAUUCCCGAAACAGAUGUUGAAAUAAAAAGUAAUUUGAGAAGUGAAUGUGCUGUCCAUCCAUGUUUUUUUUGUUGAGGACUUUGGAGAGCUAGCAUGUUUCUGCAUGUUGGAUCCUUUGGUGAUUAACAAACUGUCAUGAUUUUUAUUUUAUAAAAAGUAGAGUAUAAUUUGAAGAUAUUGAAUUGUACAUUUUAACCGUUGGUGAAGGUGUGCUUCUUUGACCAACUAUAACAGUCAUAAUCGUUGUCGUGCCUCCAAAAAUAAUUUGUAAAUUUUAAUGAUAAUGGUAAUGUCAAAACCAGAAAUAUGGGUAAUAGCUUUUUGGUUGAUGUCAAACAAGAUUUAGCAAGUCACAUUUGGUUUUUCUUACGAAAGUAUAUGAUAGUACAUGUGCGUGUACAGUAGCUUCAUCUUUAUGUUAAUUAAAGUACAUGUAUUUUAA